UUACUUUGACAUCGGAGAAGACAACAUCGAAUUAAGUGCAAAUACAUGCUCAGCAAUAGUGUUGAUUUCGAAAGUGCUGCGGGCUUUAAUAAAAUGGCUGAAGCUGGGUAAAAUGUAUCUGUCAGUGGCUCAAUAUGCGCUUUUAUGGAAAAUAGUUAAAUUGCUGGUAUUCAUUGCAAUGCACAGUGCAAAUUAUUAAAAAGUAUACUUCAAAUUUUCGUUAGGACUGUUUUGCGAAUAUAUGGUAUGUAACAGACGAGAGACCAUCAUCAAUUCAGUGCAGUGCUCAUAAGCGAAUAGUAUCAUAUUAUCAAAACUAAUCCGCCAUCGUGGAGGCAUAAAGAAAAGUAGAAGAACACUUCAGUAGAAUGAUAAAGGGCAAUGCUAAAAGUUGCGACAAUUAAGAAGUGUCGCAUUGUUUGAGAAAGGCCGACCGCAUACACCUACAUACAAAUAAGCCCACAUGUGCAACGGAUCCAAGAGAUAAUUCAAAUCAAUAGUUGUGGGUCUAAAUCUUUACUAAAUGUAUGUAUGGCUAUGUCCUCCGUAAUAAGUGCUUAUUUGGAAAGCGGUCUGGAUAGAAGUGCCAAACUCACUCAUAAUAUAACCUAUGCAUAUCAACUAAACUUCAAUGGAACAACAAAUUGACUAUCAAAGCCAAAAACAACUUAAAAAGCAUGAAAGCCAAAGCCGUUUAACACAUUCACAUCAAUCACCCCGUCGUGGCUUAAAUGAGGACAUUGCUUCUGCAGGCAAAACUAAACUUAUCUCCCUUCCAUCAGCAAUAACCCAGAAAUCGGAUCUAAUGUCUUCGCGCUCCCCGGUAACAGCACAUAAGGCCUCCAAAGCUCCAAGAUGUCUACCCAAUGUUAAUUCUUAUGAUUCAACGAGGCAACCACCACUAAGCCCUGCUGCAAGACGAGCUUACGGAGCACAAAGCUCAUACUCCGACCCAUUCAUAAUGACUAAUAGAUGUGGCAAUUAUUCCAACAUAAAUGACAAUCCUCGUAGUCCAAAGAUAACAACCACUUAUGCCAAUGAUAGCUGUGACGAUACUGUUUCAACGCCAUCUUAUUAUCACACACCUACUUCGGGCUCACGUAGUCCACGGGGCGUAUCAUCCCAAGAAAAUUCAAUGGAUUCGCCAUCAUCUGGCACAUUUCUUAGCGGUCCUGCAACAUCAUCACCACGACGAAGUCCUAACUCACCGAGAAAGUUCGUAUUUGAAGCUAUAAGUCCAGUCAUAGACCCUUCGUAUAAGAAAUUUGAGUAUUACGAGCCCAUAUCUCCUGAAGAUGAAAUUUCCAAAGAAGUUUAUAAAAUAAAUAGCAGUGAACGCAUUGGUGCAUCGCCACAAUUACCCACCUCACCAAAAAUGUGUGAAGCAAAAAGAAAAAAAUCAAAACCGCUUUCGCGUUCUACACCUUUAGAGAAUAUGUCUAAUUUAUAUGACAGUAAGGAUAUGAAUCCACCGGAGUGGGAAAUUUCUCAAAUUGAUGAGCAUUGUUUGAGUAGCAACAAUUAUUAUGUGAAAAGAGAUUCGUGUGUUACGGAGAGCACACAGCUAUCGUGUGACUCGUAUGAUACAACAAAUAGUACCAUUGCCACUGUCACUACAUCUUUCUCUGAGCGAUCGAAAAUUGAUGGCGUUUCGGAAAAGGGAAUGUCAAGAGAGGCAAACGUAUGUGAGCAACCGGGAAGAAGUAAACAUCGAAGGCACGCAAUUAAUAUAACUUCCAAUCCUUGCUAUCAGGUAUUACAUAGCUCCCACUCUACGUUGGAUCGAACCUGUUCAGACAGUGCCGCAUCACUGCAGCACCGUAGAUCAACCAGUGAUUUGACUGGAAACUCCGAAGGUGUUCUAAAUAAGCAUAAGGGUUUAGAAGAUUCAAUUUACACAAGUUACAAGCCAAGACGGAGAGGUAGUUCUAAAGGUGGAUUGGCAUAUUUAGCCAGUCGCCGUAGUUCAAGGGAGUCCAUGAAAAGUGCCUGCUCCAAUACAUCUGUAUUCUCAAAUGAUGAUAUCGGGCCAUUAGCUUUUCAAGCUUCACACCGCGGUCGGCAACGUCGAACAUCAAAUUUCCUUGAACUACCAGUUCCAGAUCAUAUUAGGCCACGUGUGUGCUCCCUCCCUGAGCGUCCGUAUAAUCCGCGGGCUAGUGAUGAUCUUUACCGACUAAGACACUUUUCAAUUAGCAAGGGCAAUGUGGUGAACUGUGGGGACUCCAUUAUAUCCAGGCGGUCGCGUAGUAACACCAGUGUAAAUUCCACUAAUAGCAGAGCAAGUGAACGUUCACCAUUUGAGGGAUCAUGUUGUGGAGGUGGAUAUGCUAAUGUGGACUCAGUUCCUUCAACACCUGAUUCGGACGAUCUGGAGCCUCCACCGCCACCACGAUAUCGCAUUGUAAUGUUAGGUGACUCGGGUGUUGGAAAAACAGCUUUGGUAAACCAAUUCAUGACCUCUGAGUACAUGCACACAUAUGAUGCCAGUCUAGUUGUAGAUGACGAAUUUGGCGAAAAGACAGUGAGCGUCUUGUUGGAUGACGAGGAAUCUGAGUUGGUAUUCAUUGAUCAUCCAAGGGUGGAAAUGAGCGUGGAAAACUCUUUAUCGACUUAUGAACCACACGGAUGUGUUGUUGUCUUCUCCGUUGUUGAAAAGUCAUCUUUUCGAGUUGCAGAAGAAAUUAUAAAGUACUUGUGGCAGGAAAACUACAUUAAAGACAAAUCGGUCAUUCUUGUGGGAAACAAAGCGGAUUUGGCCCGAGCUCGGGUUAUCUCAACACAAGAAGGCAAAGCCUUAGCUGCCUCACACGAUGCCAAAUUUAUAGAGACAUCCAGUGGCAUUCAACACAAUGUUGAUGAACUACUAGUGGGAAUACUAAAACAGAUGCGUUUGAAGGAAACACGAGAGAAGAGAGCUACGUCAUCGAAACUGAAAACUUCCCGCACACACAUAUCGUUACAUUUGGCCAAGGAAAUAUUGCAAAAAAUUUGUCUUACUGAUAUCUCCAAAUCAAAAAGUUGUGAGAAUCUACAUGUUCUAUAAGUAUGAGGAAGUGAUACCAACUGCAGGGAACCGCGUAUUUAAACCUUUUCCAUAGCAACUGAAAUUUAUCAAAAUCUGCCUUUUGGGAAGCAACAUUGUGUAGCGUUCAAAGGAACGUUUAUAAAUUUAUGUUUUAGUAUGUUUGUAUGUAGUAAGUGUAUGUAAUUCAAUAUGAGAAAAUAGUGACUAUUAAGUAGAAUAUAUAUGUACAUGUACUUAGGUGUAAGUUUUAGCUAUGUCUGUGUUGAACGAACUGCAAUGCAAAUCUGUUAGCUGUGCUUUCAAUUCUAAAUUGAAAAUUUACAAACUUUAUAACUACUGCAAAUGAAUCACUAAAUAUUUAUAUAACGAAUACGAUGAAACGAAAUGGAUAUCUACGAAUUGUUUAAAAAAUAUCAAGCUCUUUCAUAUAUCAACAAACUACCUACAACUUUUAAUGACGAUGUACUUGUAUAUAUGCCGAAUUAUAUAGGAUCACACAGUUGUGAUACUGUUUUUACAAGUCGAAACAAAUAUGAGCAAUACAUUCAGACACAAGCUAGUAUAUUUACACAACAUAAUCUGUAUGAACAAGUUUUAAUAUACUCUUUAUGGCAUAGCUUAUAAAAUGCGCGGAGCAUACUCCAUACUCGAGUAGACAAAUAAUAAUAAUUCACCCCAAAACUCUUUGAUUAUGACUUUUAUACGUAAGAAGCAAGUGCUCAACUAUAAACCCCAAUGAAUACUUAGAAAAACUUACGAAUCUACGUAAUUGUAUGCUUUUAAAUAUAAAACUUACAUACCUUGGAAUUGGACAUGGUUAUAAACCGAUUUCACCAUUUUAAAUAUUUUUCGGUCAAAUAAAGUUAUUUUCAAUUAUUUGUUUUGUAUUACACUUAAGACAUCGAUUUCUAAUUACAAUUUAAAAAGAACUUAAAGUAAAUUACUUUUUGAGUUGUCCGUGAAAAUGAAAUUAAUACUAAUAGCAGACCGCCUAAUAUAACUGUUAAACUAUAUACACUAUAGUAUAAAUCUCCCAUAAGAGGUUUGGAAAAUUAAUUAAAUCAAUGGAGACACAAUUAGAAUAUAAUAAAAUUAUUACGAAACAAUUAAAAAUGGCUAAAUUGAGCAUUAUUUUAUAUCUCUUUCCUCUGAUACUUAGUCCUAUUUAUUUCUAGUGGUAAAUUUAUUGAAUACUUUAAGUAUAUAGUUUUAAGCGUUGCGUCUUCGUGACUUAAUGGAACAAUAUCACUAAAAUUUACGAAAGUGUCAAUUUUAUGGUCAUAUGCAAUAUGUAAAGAAACCUGAUCCACCUUUCCAGUAUUGUGCAUGAAGUGGAUGUUCUCCAAACGCUUGAGCCUCCAAAUAAAUUGCUGCCAUGUAAACUGUUGAGUUUUCUAUCCCAAGGUAUUACGAAAUUUUACUCUCGUUUAUUUGUCAUAGAAAUGGGCCGUUGGUCACGCGAACUUAAUUUCAUAUGGGCCUACAGGUGCGGCUAAUAAGACUGGGUGAUAUUGUUAGUAACACUGAAACAAAAUAAAUUGAUGUCAUAAUAAAAUUUAAUGUUGUUAAAAUCUAAAAAGAAAUUAGUAAAAUUAUGUAGUAGUUCUUGUUAUAUUGUAACAACACUAUGAUGUAAAAAUUGCUAAACACAUUCAAUUUGAUCACAUAGGACUAUAAUUUCUAUAUGAAUAACAUUUCUGAACGAUUUAAAAAAUUCCAAAAACUAAAUGCUAAGGGUAUACAUAUGUUAUGAUGAUCAUCAACAAACUUCAAUUUACUCGAAAAGUAAACGAGCUUCUCUUUCAAAUAUGAUGUAAACCAUGGUGUUGUCCAACACCUUUGUUUUAAAGGCUACUAGAUUUUAUGAGAAGUAGUGCUGAAAUACGCUCGAAGAUGUUUGCAUUGACUGUCUAGCAGUCGCUAGGUGUAAAGAAAGUGAAAAAUUUUUCGGGUGAAAUUAUUCUCGAAACAAUCAGGGAAGAAUGCUGCCAAGGUAACAGUCUAGGCCCGUUGCGGUUAAGUAGACUCGACUAACGUGGAGACUUGGGACUCUAGUCAUGGCUAAUGCUAUAAUUUUACGAAGACUUAUUUAAACAUGCAUCAAUAUUAUUGAAAUCUUGCAAACUCUCAAUUUACUAAUACAUAUACGCUAUAUGUCCAUGUGAGUGGAUUCAUAGAUACAUAUAUCUAAGUAUAUAAGUUUUUAUAUUGUCAAUUUUUCGCAUUGAACACAAUGUUAUUAAAUGUAAUAAACGAAAAAAAAACACAUUUUGUAGCUAUGGUGUUGAACUAAAAAGUGUUAAUGACUAUCUUCCAAUCUUAUCAAAAUAUACAUACAUACAUAUACAUAUAUACUUAUACAAUUACUAUAUUUCUAUACAUACAUAUAUGCAUAUUUGAACAAUUAUAUGAAAUAAGACAUUUUGUGUAUGUUAUCGUAGUUAAGUAGUUAUAUAUACAAACAAGUACAUUUAUGGUACAUACAUACAUAUGUAUUAAAUGUGUUUUCUUAAAGAGUAAAGACGCUUUAUAACUGUUAAAUGUUGACUGUAAUGUACAAAAUAAUAUUAAAAAAUUAAUAAAUGGCAUAUGUUCGUGUGCAAGCCUCUGAAAAUCGUCACUGAAUA